AUGUUGACCAAAGGUGAGAACAUUAGUAUACUUGUUGGUCAAAGAGGGGAAAAAGCGUAUUCUAACAAAGAAACUGGCUCAGGCGGAGGAGGUACAUUUGUAGUAAGAGGAAAGAACAAGCCUUUGAUCAUAGCCGGAGGUGGAGGAGGAGUUGCAAAUAUGACAGAACAAUAUUCAGGAUGUGAUGCGUCCAUAAAUACAACUGGGAAUGCAGGGUAUAACUCGCCAUUCCUGUCAGGAGGAAUGAACGGAUAUGGAGGACAAACUGAUGAACCGAACUCUGGUGGUGGCGGUGGCGGUGGCUUCUACAGUGAUGGAGAAAACACAGAUAUUUCUAAGAGAGGGGGAAAGGGAGGUAAAGGAUUUGUAGCCAAGGGAAAGGGAUUGGGGGGAGCAUAUCGGGGUGGGUUUGGAGGUGGGGGUGGUUAUAGUCUAGAUAGUGAGUUACCUGGGGGAGGUGGAGGGUACUCUGGGGGAAGUGGAGGUGCGAAUAAAAAUAUUUCCUGUGGUGGAGGGGGAGGUUCUUUCAACAACGGAACAAAUCAGCAAAAUGAAUGUUGUUAUAAUACUGCUGGACAUGGUAGUGUGAUCAUAACGCUUCUCCAUUGA